AUGUACCUAACGGGGAAUAAUAGUAACGGCAUCGAGAAAAGUCGUUACCUUAACACUGCGCCGCAAUAUGCAUUCCUAGUUAGUAGAUUCGAUGGUUUAACUGAUAGGUCAUUAUUCGGCAUUAGGAAAUCAGACCUUCGGCAUAGACAGGGAAAACUCGAAACUCCAAGCGAUAACCGAUGCGAAUCAAUAGAGAGCGACAAUUUGCCGGAUGGAUCACACUUCAAACCAUGUAGAGUGACUUGUGCCAACUUGUCUCGUGAAAUGCAAUCUCGAAGCAAGUCAUCCACGGAUGUAUUAAUCGACAGUGGUGGAGAGGUGCCGAAAACGGAACUAGGAGAAUUCUGUUUGAACAACACGGAUAAAAGCUUAUACAAACUAGUUGCUUGGGUUAAAAAACUUGUUAUCAAUCGCAACAAAACAGGAUCUUAUCUCGAGGUGGUAGACGGGACUACACCAAUGCAUGUGGAAGUGGUCAUCAGAGAUACCCACCCUAGCUAUGCUGCUGUUUCAGAUAUAAAUGUUGGUGAUGCCAUCACAAUAGUGGGUAAUUUAGAAAAAAAGUGUUCUGGAUCUGAUAGUGUCCAUCCUGCCGUACAGCUGGUGGUUACCAGCGAGGCAAAAGGACACGUGUUCACGCACCACCGAAACGAAAGAAAUCAAGAAGAAACCAACCCAGUUGCGCUUAACGGCAACUACCCAUUAAUGUACUUACGUGAGCAUUGCAAUUUCAGAGUUAGGAAUCCCUUGAUACAAGCAAUUUUUAGAAUUAGGGCGAAAGCCACCGAGGAGCUUUUCAGAAUCCUACCGGAUAUGGGAUUUGUUCAUGUCACAGCACCGUGCUUAACGAGUAUCAACUGCGAAGGUAUGGGGGAAAUUUUCAAGGGUCCAACUACAUUUUUAAGCGUCUCAGGACAGCUUGAACUGGAAGCACUCUGUUCUGGAAUCAGCCGAGUCUGGAAGUUUGGGCCCGCUUUCAGGGCGGAUAGGUCCGACACGCCUAGGCAUUUAUCAGAGUUUUGGAUGCUUGAAGCGGAAAUGAAUGACGUAACGCUAUCUGAACUCACCGAUGCCAUCCAUACGAUAGUCAAACGAACUGCGAGUGCAUUAUUGACUGAAUGUAGAGACGACUUAGCCGUUAUCAGUCAAAACGGAGAAGCAAAGGUAAUAAAUAGAUUGCAAAAUCUGCAUUCCUCAGCAUUGAAAACUCUAACGUAUUCCGACGCGGUAAACUUAUUAAAUAAUCACAAGUUGACUGGUCGAGAAUGCGAAUACGAGCAUAUUAACUGGGGUGAACCGCUAACUGCAGCACACGAACGUGGAUUGCUGAAGCUGCUGGAUCACCCCAUGAUUGCCGUGACGCAGUAUCCUGCCUCUAUAAUGCCAUUUUAUAUGGAAAGACUAACCAAUGGGACUGUCAACAAUGUGGACGUCAUCGCAGACGGUGUGGGAGAAAUUGCGGGAGGUUCUAUCAGGGAGGUACAAUAUCAUACUUUGAAAAGAGCGAUGCAAGAGCACCACAUUGAGGGCUCCGAAUAUGAUCAAUACUUGGAAUUGCGCAAGUUCGGGAAUGUUGCCCACGGCGGAUUUGGAAUAGGUUUCGAAAGAAUGCUCAUGUUUCUCCUCGGCAUUAACAACAUUAAGGAAGUGAUUCAUUUUCCAAAACUGAGGAAGAAAUAUACUGUGAAAUAA